AACACAAAACCAGUCAGAUCGUGCGCUUGAAAAGGAAUUCAAAUUUAUAAUCAAUAAUAUAAGUGUGCAAAAUUAUUCAAUGUUAUUUUACCUGGGCUUAAAGAAAAUCACUCGACUGGAUGUCCAACAUUAAGCAAUCAGCAAUCAUUUUCUGCGGAUGACCUGUGCCCACUUAUUAUUGAUUGUUUUUGGUAUUUCUAUAUUUUAAUUAUUUAAUUCAAUCCUAAUGUAGGCGCCAUAAGCCUUGGCCAUGCAAAUAGCCGACACACGAAACGCCAUGAAAUAAAAAUUAAUGAAGUUUGAAAUUUGAACAGGGAAGAGCUGUAAACGAAGUACAUUUCUGCGGCGUAUCCAAAGAGUGCGCCAAAAAGCCGCGGACUCAGUGUAGAUACCAUUGCGUAACUCCGUGGGCCAAGACGCUCUUAUCUUUUGUCUGCAAGAUUAGGUCGGAGAAAAGCACCAGGAGUUGCCGAUGCCCACAAUUUGCUGAUUGCGGGGGCGCCACAGCUCGUGUGAACGGGUGGCUUGCAUAAUAAGUCGAUCAUAAGUGUGAUGCCGCAGUAUUUGCGUACUCGUAACGGAUCGGGGAAGAAACGCACGCCACACGAUCAAAUUGUGCAACUAUGUACCAAUUACAAUUUAAUAAUUGGGUCAUCGGAAACCAAAGCAAUUUCUGAAAUUCAUUAAGACAUAGUGAAAAAGCGAAAGUUUUCCAGGUAGACGCCAUUUUAAAUGAGACUAUUGUGUGAUCAAUGCAAGUUGCGAUUCGAGAUUUUGCGUUGCAAAGGUUCGUCAAUUAUGAUCGGCCAUCAACAGCAACAAAUAUCCACCAUCAUGAUCACCUCAAAAGCUAGAGAAAUGGAUGUGCCAAACUAAUCUCCACAUUUGUAUGUGUCCAUCGCACAAGACUUCCAACUAGACGACGCUUUCGACUUGGCCCUAAGUUGAAGCUCGAGAGCUUUAGGGUUUUGGGUGAGUUCCCAAAAAGUUACCGUUACCUCAAGGUUGUAUGAAAACGCAAGCGAGUUUUCGUGCGGCUUGAGCGUUUGUGGUUUCAGUUUCAUUUAAACUUUGCGUUGCGGACACAACUUUUUCGUACCGACAUUAUCGAGUCAGCGACAUAAAAGUCUGGGCGGCUAGUGAUUAGCAUUUAGUUGAAUUUUGAUUGCCAAGGGACCGGUGUCUUCAACUCAAUCGGAAAUGCAUUUCUUCAUUGUGCCGUGCCUCCUAGGACUUGCAGCCGGCAUUCCUCAAGGAUACAACUACCAAGCCCAGCAACAGCUUCAAUCGUCGGCGCAAGCUGGUCAACUCCAUCUGCCUUCUAUUCCGCAGUUUGCCACCCUUGCGGAGCAGACGAUCCUUCAGCAGGCACUCCAGGCUCCAAAGUUGCAGCAGGUCCUGACCGGAGGAGAAGGGCUCGCAUCUUACUCAAAUCAAAACCAGGCCUCCGCUUACCAACAGCAGGCGACGCAGUUCGGCCCAAAUUCGGCGUACAAUGCGCUGCCCCAGGCACAUCAGCCUCAGCAGCAGCACCUCGUCUCCAAGGACAUCUACGUCCAUGUGCCACCAGCAGAAGAGCCCGAGGACCGCUACCCUCAGCCCGUCCUUCCGCCCGCGCCUCCGCGCAAGCAUUAUCGCAUAGUUUUCAUCAAGGCACCGACGACCAGUGUCUCGAAGGCGGCGUUGCGCAUCAAACAGGCUCCUGUGGAGGAGAAGACCAUCAUCUAUGUGCUGACCAAGAAGCCGGACCCACUAGAUCUCCAGACUGCCAUCGAGGAAAUCGCGCCGAAGCAGCCCAGCAAGCCAGAGGUAUUUUUCAUCAAAUACAAGACCCAGGAGGAAGCUGCGCAUGCGCAACGUACCAUUCAAGCUCAAUAUGACCAGCUUGGCGGAACAUCACAGGUUUCUGACGAGGGAGUUGCACCCGUUACAUCCGUGAUUGGCGUACUGGACAACCAGCGCAACAACGGAAUUUCAUCCGGACAGUUUUCUGGCUCCUUGCCAAACAGCUACUUGCCAACUAAUCUGCGUGCUUAGGUACAACUCCAAGGCCACUGUCGUAAUUUUAAGACUUGAACUCUUGUAAUUUACACAUUUAGUUAAAUAAAGUUCAUAUUUUGAGCUCCGCCUUAUGAUAGAAAGCGACUCUGCAGCCAUAUUCAAAU